AAAAGUCGUUUGGCAUCAGAGCAGCAGGGACAAUAAAACAUGUUUGUAUGGACAUUAGUGUGUUUGUGUUAUAUCUGUGAACUCAGGUGAAAUUCAGAUUUUUAGCACAUGUAGGUUUGUCCAUCAUAAAUGUGCCUAUUUGUGGGUCAUGGUCCAGACCCGUAAACUGUAUGUAGUGAGGACUUUUAGAGGAUUUAAUAAAAGGCAUUAAGUGUAUUUUGUCAUAAUUAUCAUAUGAAGCCUGACUUAUGAAACACACUCUCGUGACUGUUGUCUACAGAUAUACAGAUGAUGUGGAUAAACAAAGCCUGAUAUUUCCACUGUCUGAAAUGUCUUUGAGAAACGUCAGUCAGGGGAAACUGAAAGUUGAGAUAAGAUCAGAAGAAUUUCAGAUAAAAUUGCAGGUCUGUUUGGCCACAGUCAUCCAAGGAACACUAUCAGUCUACAUCUCCUGCUAUGAAUCAAUAUUCAUCACAUUUAUCAGAGGAGGUCUGACAAAGCUCCGCCCCUCACCUGACUCACCUGAAACAAAGCAGGACACACUUUGUUGUCCCUCAUCACUAAAACAGAGACGCACAGACUGAGAGAAUCAGAUUCACCUUCAGACCAAACUGACAACUUCCUCUGAGCGAGUCCAGCUACAACAACCUGCUGAUUCUCCACGCUGAAGCUUCUCUAAAUGGCCUUCAGAUCACAGCAGGAUCUCUGCUGCCUGGUCUGUCACGACGUCUUCAGAGAUCCUGUUGUUCUGUCGUGCAGCCACAGCUUCUGUAAAGACUGUGUGAAGAGCUGGUGGAGAGAGAAGCUAAUGCGAGAGUGUCCGAUCUGCAAGAGGAGAUCGUCAAAGGAAGAUCCGCCUUUAAACCGGGUCUUAAAGAACCUGUGUGAGGCCUUCGUAGAGGAGAGAGAUCCAGGGUCGUCAGAGGAUCUCUGCAGUCUGCACUCUGAGAAACUCAAACUCUUCUGUCUGGACCAUCAGGAGCCGGUGUGCAUCGUCUGCAGAGACUCAGAAAAUCACGCCAACCACCGAUUCAAACCCAUCGAUGAAGCUGCACGACAACACAGGAAGCAACUUCUGCAAACUCUGAAGUUCUUAAAGGAAAAGUUAAAGGGUUUAGAAAAAGUUAAAGUGAAGUUUGAUCGAACAGCAGAACAUGUUAAAGUCCAGGCUCAGCGCACAGAGAGGCAGAUCAAGGAGCAGUUUAAGAAGCUUCACCAGUUUCUAGAAGAGGAAGAGGAGGCCAGGAUGGCUGCACUGAGGGAGGAAGAGGAGCAGAAGAGUCAGAUGAUGGAGGAGAAGAUGGAGGCUCUGAGUAGAGAGAUAGCAACUCUUUCACACACAGUCAGAGCCACAGAGGACGAGCUGAGAGCUGAAAACAUCUCAUUCCUCAACAACUACAAGGCUGCAGUGGAAAGAGUCCUGCAGCGACCCCCACUGCUGGAGGACCCACAGCUGCACUCAGGAGCUCUGAUAGACGAGGCCAAACACCUGGCCAACCUGAGCUUCAACAUCUGGAACAAGAUGAAGAACAUGGUCUCCUACAGUCCUGUGGUUCUGGACCCAAACACAGCUGGUUCAGGAGUCAUCCUGUCUGAGGAUCUGACCAGUGUGAGGCGAGAAGAGGAACAGCAGCUCCCCGACAAUCCAGAGAGGUUUGGUUCUAACCGCAUCGUCCUGGGCUCGGAGGGGUUUGACUCCGGGACUCACAGCUGGGACGUCGAGGUGGGAGACAGCAUGUACUGGGUGGUGGGUGUGUUAGCGGAGUCUGUCCAGAGGAAGGGGGACAUCCUGUCCGGAUUAUGGAGAAUAGGGUUCAAUGGAGAAACAUACUCUGCGUUGUCGCCACCGUCUCCGGUCGCUGAGCUCCGACUGAAGAAGAAGAAGCUCUGGAGGAUCAGAGUGAAUCUGGACUGGAGCAGAGGGAAGCUGUCGUUCUCUGAUCCUGAUACUAACACACACAUACACACCUUCACACACACCUUCAAACACAGGCUGUUUCCAUUCAUCGACACUUGGGAUUUCCUCCCAGUGAAGAUCGUACCACGGAAGGUCUCUGUGACAGUGGACCAGAGCAGUUAGAGAUCUUAAACACCUGUUUUCUAUUUGAGGGCUUUUAUUUUGAAACAUUCCCUAGACCUGAAGCUACAUAAAGGAUUCUUUAAAUAUGAAUAUGGUUGUUUUUCUCUUUUUUUUUGUCGCUCCAUCAGCAACAACACUGGUCAGGUGACAUUUUUCCAAACAAUAAAACUGACAAGAAAGCAGGAGUGGCAGCGACAAACGUGCGUAAAACCAGAUAUAGAUUUUUAUGAUUAAAUACAUGCAAUGCAAAGAGACAUUUUAAACUUGUUUGUAAUGUCGACAUUCCUGUUUCUAGUUCACUUUAACACAACUCAACCCCAGUGAGAGAUUUUGACGCAGCAUCUGUCACACACCCUUUCACAGUUUGAUCAUUAACUGAGAUUUAAGUUAUGCAACUUUUCAUGCAAUAUUCGUAGGAAGUAUGGACGAGAAGACGACCAACGUCCACAAUGAGCAAGAACGAGCAUGAAAAGAUCGAGGUGGCUGAAGGAAAAACUGGAACAGAUGUGGAAGGUGAAGCCCAAGGUGGUUUCAGUGGUUUCAGGAGCACUCGGGACUGUUGUUUUUGCUUUACUGCCUUAUUUUUAAUUUGCCUUUUUCACUUUUGAUGCAAGUUUCUUUCUAGAAGAAUAUUAACUGUAACUAAAAAUACUGAUCAAAUGAUAUAUACUGUUGAAUGUGUUGCUCAUAAUACAGCAAAUACAUCCUAUGGCGUCUUUACUGUCUGUCAAAGUGUGUUUAUACACUCACUUAUAUAACUGUAUAGUUGUUCUACAUAGUGUCAGAAAAACUCCAAUAAACAGAAGUUUAAAAAUAUAAAGAUAUAGUAACUUAUGCAGGAUGUAUCCAAGUGUAACAUUAGAUGUAUAUUAGAUAGAUUUUUACAUGGAUUAUGGGUAAAGUCUGUAAAUCUGGAUUUGGACGUUUGGAGUCAGCCAACCUCCACCAGCAUGGUCAGCAGCCUGUGUGUAGUCUGUCAGGGAGACAUGACCCCUCCCCCCAGGCCUGUGUGUGUGUGUG